UGUCCUAUCUUUUUCAUCAUUUACGUUUCAUCUGAACGCAUCACUUAAGCAUUGAUUUUGUUUUCUGGGCUUGUUAUUUUGGUGAUCAUGUACAAUGAAACUUCGAGGGCGUCUAGCAACCAUCACAAGGAAUUUGAAAUAGACGGAGGAACAAUAACGACGAUUUUUCUAUUCGUGGUUAUCAGUGCCAACCUUAUUCUGACGAUCCAUUUCUACCUGGCAUGGAGAAAAGGUCAAAUAACCAAGCAUUUAUCAACUGGAAUUGAAAGGAAAUCUUGUGCAUCAUUUCGAUACCAAACAGAUUCCCAGGAUGAGAAAGAUGACGUCUAUGCUGAUAUCAGGGAGUCUUAUUUUACCAACACCCAGAGAGGAACGUACAAAUAUAUCGACCCAGAGUUUAAGGGAAGGAACACCUACCGAGAGCUAAAGCUUAAGUCUGCACGACGAGGAAGAAACAAAGAUGGAAGAAACAGAAAUGGAAGAGACAGAGAUAAGCUGCAGGCUCUGAACUCCUUUUGUGCUAGAAAUUUACAGGACGUGGACAAGUCAAAAUCUGAAGAGAUCCUCACAGAGUGAGCUUUUCUAAAGAUUUAUAUUUGCGGCCAGAAACUUGACUGUCUUUACACUCAUGAAGGCAUGAACUGCGCAUCCUCAAACAUUUUUAAAAAUCUGAUUAUGAACACAUAAAAUAGAAAAAAUAUAAACGGUGUUCAAAUCAAGAAAAAAAUAUAAAAAGCCUGAAUGAGCUGAACAUUUUACCAAACGCGGUAAAGGAAACAGUUAAAAGACACGAUUUUUGUUCAGGAAGUGACUAUUUUUUUGGUCGGUUACCGGUAAAACCUAACCAGGGACAUCGUUUCCGAUCAACCAUCCGUGAUGAUUUCCUCGGCAAUGGAACUCUUUGUUAACACUAAAAUUAUAAUGUUAGGUUAACGGUUGUAAAAAAAAAAGUUACAUAUAAAACACUUCAUAAUCAGAGAUACCGCAUUGGUUUCAAUUAGAGAUGGUAAUCGAUUGCAGAAUUGCGAAGCCGUUAAUCGCAAUUCGUUUUGACCGAUUAACCUAUUACUCGUAUUAGAAUACGCAAAUUUGAUAUGAUAUGCAUGUUAUUAUAAUUUUUUGAGGAUAGUUAUAACUAACAAAAAAGCACCAUAGAAGUAUUCUGGUUAAACGUAAAUCAAAAUAUGAUAUGGAAAUUGUAUUUAAUGAAAACUUUUCAACCACGAUGCAAUUUCGUAGUCAGUUCUAUUUCACAACACAAAGUCCAAGUCUGUCCAUUACAAGCUAUAAAUCUAAGUUUAAAUCAUCUAGUAUCUUUUUAAAUAUUAAAAACAAAUGCAUGUAUGCACCUACUUUGGACAACUGCAUUUUCUAU